AUGCCUUCAACAUUGACACCACCCCCAGCGGAAGCAACAUGGGUUGCCGGUCAGCCCAAGGCCGUACACCAUCGUCUUCCCGACGGCGUCUAUGUCCCGACGCUGUGCUUCUUCACGGAAAAUGACGAGGUCGACCUGAACGUCCUGGAGCGCCAUCUCGUGCGUCUCAUCAACGCCGGCGUAGCAGGCAUUGUUGUUCAUGGCUCCAACGGCGAGGUAGCCCACCUCACAAGAGAGGAGCGCGCGGCCGUCAUCCGAUGCGCCGCCGACACGAUCCACCAAGAGGGUCACGAUGUCCGCAUCCCCCUCAUUGCCGGGUGCGGGGCCCAGUCGACGCGAGAGACGCUGCAGCUCUGCCGGGACGCCGCCAAGAGCGGGGCAUCCCACGCUCUGAUGCUGCCCCCGAGCUACUACGGCGGUCUGCUCGACGACAACAAGAUUGUGGAUUACUUCCAUGACGUGGCCGAUCAGAGCCCGCUGCCGUUGCUCAUUUACAACUUUCCCGGGGCGGCGGCUGGGCGCGACCUCUCUUCCGAUGUUAUCCUACGAAUCGCAGCGCAUCCCAACGUUGUUGGUGUCAAACUGACGUGCGGGAACACGGGCAAACUAGCUCGGGUUGCGGCGGACGCGCCCGAGGGUUUCUUCGUGUCAGGAGGAAGCGCCGACUUUAUUCUGCAGGGUAUGGUCGUAGGCGCACAUGGCACCAUCUCUGGGCUCGCCAAUGUGGCACCGCGGGCCUGCGUACGCAUCAUGGAGCUUUUCAGGACGGGUCGGCUCCUCGAAGCGCGACGUCUCCAGGCUAUGGCCGCCAAGUGUGACUGGGUCGCCAUCAGGACAGGUUUCGUCGGUGUCAAGGCAGCUAUUGGACACUUUGAGGGAUACGGUGGAGAGCCACGACGACCAUGCGUGGCACCAACACCACAAGAACUGAAGGGCAUCGUGGAGGGCAUGGCCGAGUUGCGCAGAGAGGAGGCGGCUCUGGAGAGCGAGGCGUGA